AUGAACUCCGCGGAAUGGCUCUCGGACAGCGAAAUUCGGUGCAAUGUCCCAGCUCUGGCGAUGACGAUGAGGGGCAACAUGACGACAGACCGUUCGCUGAUGGUGUUCCUUGCGGCCAAGCACAGCACGGGCUUUCGGACGCAGGUCAGCACUUUGCCGGACAUCCACCUUCUGCCUCCGGUGCAGAUUCUCCGUGUGGAGCCUGAGAUCAUGGCGGUGGUGGAGCGCAAUGACACCAGCAGCGUGCCUUUGUUGUACCUGCGAGUCUUCGGUGAGGAGCAUUUUCUGAAGCAUGCCGCGCGAAGCCGGACGAAGCGGCCUGGCACCCAGGGGGUCUCACCGUAA